AUGCUGCCUUUCAAGGCAUGGCCACUAGAGCUCAGAAUGAGCGACCGGCUAAGGAUCGGAAACAAUGAUAUUUUCGGGAAUUCAGAUGGAAGGGUUAGCAAACACUUGGUGGAAACAGGUCAAGAGGAGAAUGGAUGUCGUAGGAUUGACCUGGGAGCAGUUUGGACGUUGUUCAAUGAACAGUACUUCCCUCAGAGUUACAGGGAAGAAAAAGCGCUAGAAUUUAUGUCUCUACUGCAAGGAGACAUGUCUAUAAGGGAAUAUGAGGCCAAGUUUAAUGACCUAUCCCGAUUUGCGCCAUCUCUGGUGGAGUCUGAACACAUGAGAUGCCUUAAGUUUGAGAAGGGCCUCAAGAACUCUGUGAUGAGAUCCUUGGUGGCUCUGAGACUUCGAAACUUCCAGGAUUUGGUAGCUGCUGCUACACGGGUGGAACAGGAUAACUUAGCCUAUCACCAAAGCAAAGAAGAGGCGGGUCGAGUCUCUGUCUCUUAUAGACCUUCUGUCUCAGGUGGACCACAGCGGAGUGGUAGAAGAAACCGCAACCAGGGGCAGAUGGUUGGAGGAAUGGCAAGCGGUGGCAGCAGUUCAUCCGGGAGUGACAGAAAUGCUCCAUACGGGCCCAGGUGUCACCAUUGUGGGCAGGUGGGCCAUAUUAGAAGGAAUUGUCCUAAUCGGCCGCCGGCUCAACAAGCCCAAAGUGACACUUCCUACAGCUAA